UGAAACUUAGUCCCAAAUAAAAGGUGCAGCACCUCGUCUUAUUCACUCACACAGCAGAUAACCGGAUACACGACGGUCAGACACGGAACGUUUUAUUAAUUCAGGGUGGAGCUAGUCUGCGGCUUCUCUGAUCAUGUGACCUCUCUAGACAUUUGAUUGGUGGCUACAACCUGUCAGGAUGGCUGGAGGCGGGGCUUGCUGGAUCCUGUUCCUAAACACCAUGUGUGUCAUAUAUCUUGCUGCUUUGUGCCAUGAGUCCUCUGAUCUGAGGGUCGUUCUGGUCGGGAAGACAGGAUCAGGGAAGAGUGCAACAGGAAACAACAUCCUGGGGCAGGAUGUCUUUAAAGAGGACAUAUCAGCUGAAUCAGUGACCAGUAGUUGUCAGAAACAUCAGGCAGAAGUAGCAGGGAGAAAGAUACAGGUCAUUGACAGUCCAGGACUCUUCGACACCAACAUGACCGAGGCAGAAGUGAAGAGACACAUCGAGGAGUGUGUCGACAUGUCAGUCCCAGGACCACACGCCUUCCUGCUGGUUAUUAGAAUCGGGAGGUUCACUGAGGAGGAGAAGAACACCGUCAAAUGGAUCCAGAAGAACUUUGGAGAGGAUUCAAACAUGUACACUGUGGUUCUGUUUACCCACGCAGAUCUGCUGAAGGGUAAGACCAUGAAGGAGUUUCUCCAGGAAGGUAAAGACGGGGCAGGUUUGCGUAAACUAGUGACGGACUGUGGAGGUCGCUACCACGUCUUCAACAACCAGGAGAAGGUGAACCGUACCCAGGUCACCAAGCUGCUGGAGAAGAUUGAUGAGAUGGUGGAGUUCAACGGGAGACAACACUACACCAACGAGAUGUAUGAGAAGGCCCAGAGAAGGAUGAGGGAGGAGGAGAGGAAGAGGAAGAGAGAGGAGGAGCAAAGAAUAAAGGAUGAGGAAGAGAGGAUCAGAAAGGAGGAGAGGAUUCAGAACUACUGUUACCUGGCUUCGCUUAUUGGUCUGGGGACCCUGGGGGUGGGGGGCUACCUGGGUGCUGGGGUUGUCAAGGUAGCGGGCGCAGCUCUGUGGCUGGGGGGAAUGUAUAAAUGUUCUGAAGAAUUCAAUAACAAGUGAGGUGUCAGUCAGGGGUCAGAUCUCUGUCUGUGAUGCUGUUAUGAUGCUGUUAUAAUGCCGUUAUCUUUUUUGUUGGUCUCUAUUUUGUUUAAAAAAUAAACAAAAAGAACUGACGGGUUUGGGUUUAUGUUGAUUGGUUUUCUGUUUUUACUAUUUACAAAAGUUUGGGUUCUGUUAAACCUGUGUGAUAUCUGUGUGUGUGUGUGUGUGUGUGGUGUAUCUUUGUGUGGGUGGCUGGGUGUGUGUGUCUUUAUGUAUGUGGCUGGGUGUGUGUGUUUAUAUGUGGUCUUACCUGAGUGUGUUAUUGUUGGUAUAUAUCACCUUCAUAUAGGAGUAAAGAGCAUCUGAUGUUAUAGGAGAUAUUAACUCUGUAUUGGACAGAUUACAUACUUCUAAGUGUGGGUUGGGUCAAUAAAGGGUUAAAAGACAUUCUUGUUCUCUUGUGUAUUUUUAAACUUUAAGAUAAUCUACUAUCUGAUACUUUGUGAUACUGUGUGCUAUU